AACGCUGCCUGGCACUAAGUAGAGAUGCUGAAAGCAAGUCCCGAGCGCCAAUCCCAGCGGCAGCACCACCACUAAAGCUAUUUAUCCCCGCACGGUUUGGUUGGGGUUUUUUUUUUCACACAUUCUUGCCUUCUGUUUUUGCUGGAGCCUCCGACUCCAUUGAGAGGCAAAUUUUAGCCAUCUGGCAAAGCAGGCUGUGAGGGGGGAAAAAAGAGAGAGAAAACACAAUGUGCAUGGGCACACACACUCACACAUACAAAACUCUGGAGAUUAGGGAAGACAAAAACUCCGCUGAAUGCUGGAGCGCAGGGCAGCCCCGCGGCGGAGAGGAGGGAGAGGCGGGCGGGGAGGAGGGCUCGGAUGCGGGCAGGUCUGCCUGCUGCCUGCUGCCCGCCUGGAUGUGGGGAACGGCUGCAGGCAGGGAAAGGCGUGACCUGCAUGGAAAAUGCCAGACAACUCCAGACGCACACACACAUAGGCGCACACGCUCACAAAUCUCCGGACAGAGAUAAGGCGGACAGUGGAGCGUUGGGAAGGAGGCAAAGCCGUCCCCCGCGAACGAGCCAUCGAUCCUCUGCACCAAAUCCACCGGGAAAGCCUCCCAGCAGCAAAAUGGGGUACCUCCUGACCUGGCUUUGUGCCUUGCUGCUCUGCAUGGCAGAUGCCAUCGAGCUGACAGACAUGUUUGGGGAGAUCCAGUCUCCCAACUUCCCCGAUUCCUAUCCCAGUGACUCAGAAGUGACAUGGAACAUCUCUGUGCCUGAUGGAUUUAAAAUCAAGCUGUACUUCAUGCAUUUUGACUUGGAGUCAUCCUACCUCUGUGAAUACGACUAUGUGAAGGUUGAAGCUGAGGACCAGGAGCUGGCAACCUUCUGUGGCAGGGAGACGACAGACACAGAGCAGGCUCCUGGCCAGCAAGUGAUCCUGUCCCCAGGGCCCUACAUGGGGCUCACCUUCAGAUCCGACUUCUCCAAUGAGGAACGCUUCACUGGCUUUGACGCCCAUUACACGGCCGUGGAUGUGGAUGAGUGCCUGGAGAAGAGUGAUGAGGAGCUGGCAUGUGACCACUACUGCCACAACUACAUUGGCGGGUACUACUGCUCCUGCAGGUUCGGGUACAUCCUCCACUCCGACAACAGGACCUGCAAAGUGGAGUGCAGUGACAACCUCUACACCCAGAGGAGCGGGAUCAUCACCAGCGCUGACUUCCCCAGCCCCUACCCUAAGAGCUCAGACUGCCUGUACCGUAUCGAGCUGGAGGAGGGUUUCUUCAUCACCCUGGACUUCGAGGACAGCUUUGAUGUGGAAGACCACCCCGAGGUGACCUGUCCAUAUGACUACAUCAAGAUCAAAGCUGGCCCAAAGGAGUUUGGACCUUUCUGUGGAGAGAAGUCCCCAGGACGCAUUGAAACCGAAACUAACAGUGUGCAGAUCCUCUUCCACAGUGACAACUCCGGAGAGAACAGGGGCUGGAAGCUGUCAUACACAGCAAUUGGAAACCCAUGCCCACCAGUGCAACCACCAAUCAAUGGGAAAAUUGAACCUUCUCAAGCCAAGUACACCUUCAAAGACCAGGUUGUCAUCAGUUGCAACACUGGAUACAAAGUGCUGAAGGAUAACGUGGAAAGCGACUCCUUCCAGAUUGAGUGUCUGAAGGAUGGGACAUGGAGUAACAAUAUCCCUAUCUGCAAAAUUGCUGACUGCAAAGCGCCGCCGGAGCUGGAGCAUGGCUUUGUCACCUACUCCACCAGGAACAACCUGACCACCUACCGAGCAGCCAUCCAGUACCACUGCCAGCACCCCUACUACCACAUGGCCCCCAACAGCACGGCCACCUAUAUGUGCGACGCAUCGGGGGUGUGGAGGAGUGAGGAGCUGGGGACCAAGCUGCCGUCCUGCCAACCAGUGUGUGGCCGGCCAGCUCGCCCUCUGCCUGGGAUCAUCAAGCGCAUCAUCGGCGGGCGGAACGCAGAGCCCGGCUUCUUCCCCUGGCAGGCCCUGAUUGUGGUGGAGGACAUGUCCCGGGUGCCCAACGACAAAUGGUUUGGCAGCGGAGCCCUGCUCUCAGACUCUUGGGUGCUGACAGCUGCCCAUGUGCUCCGCUCCCAGCGGCGGGACAAGACCGUCAUCCCCGUCUCCAAGGAGCACGUCACUGUCUAUCUGGCCCUUCAUGACGUGAGGAACAAGAUGGACGCCGUCAACCGGACAGUGGAGAGGAUCAUCCUCCACGAGGAGUUUGACAUCCAGAACUACAACCAUGACAUUGCUCUUGUCAAGCUGAAGGAGAAGGUGACCAUGGGGAAGUAUGUCAUGCCUGUCUGUCUGCCCCAGCUUGAGCACGAGCUGGAGGGGCCUCACCCCAACACACUGGGGCUGGUGGCUGGCUGGGGUAUCUCCAACCCCAACAUCACAGUGGAUGAGAUCAUCAGCUCGGGCAUGAGGACCCUGUCUGACAUCCUGCAGUAUGUCAAGCUGCCAGUGGUGCUGCACGCCGAGUGCAAGACCAGCUACGAGUCACGGUCAGGGAACUACAGCGUGACCGAGAACAUGUUCUGCGCUGGCUACUACGAAGGUGGGAAGGACACUUGUUUGGGAGACAGCGGGGGAGCCUUUGUCAUCCAGGACCCGGGAACCCGGAGGUGGGUGGCCCAAGGGCUGGUCUCAUGGGGUGGCCCAGAGGAGUGUGGCAGCAAGCAAGUGUACGGUGUGUACACCAAGGUCUCUAACUAUGUGGACUGGGUGGAGAAGAAAACAGGCUCCUCAGAGAGGUGGACAUUUCUGGACCCUGAGCCAGAGAGAUGAGUUACUAAGCAGCCUGCUGCCACCACGGCUCCCUUUCUUGUUGUUGUUAUUGUUUAAUGUGCUCCAGACUCUGGUCUUUCGCAAGCAACAGCCACGACACUCCACUCAUGCCAAGCCUUUGCCAGCCCUCCAGGUCAUUUGUUUCACUUGGUCCUGCAUCCCUUCACUUGCAUUCUUAGGAAAUGCUUGCGAGGGAGCUGGGGGAAGGGAGCGAAAGGCAGAUCUUAGCUGGUGUCCUCAGCUUGUGCUGCCCAUCUGCAAACCUCACCCACAUUCUAGGGAGCCUCCCUCCAAGCCAGGAAAAAGGCACAGCAAUUGAGGCAGCAUUUCCUUGACACCAAAGCUUUGUGCCAUGCACGGGGAAUUGCCCCCACCUCUGGGACUCUCUGGUCAAAUUGUCCCAUCAGAAGAUGCAACUACAGAGCCUACGGACAAGGCAGGGAAACCCAUCUGGGCAGAUCUGAACCUCACAGGUCCCCCACACUUUCUGUGCAAGGAGUAGUGAGAGAGUCAUGGGGGGUUGCUAUUAUUUUUGUUUGCAAACAGACAUCUCUGCCUGGUGGUAUGUCAGGUGAUGCCCACCUGGCCCCAAGGAUGUGAGGAUACAUCCACAGUUAGCCCUCAACCCCAAACUUCAGCCAGCACCAGCCCUAAUGGUCUACCUGUGUCCAACCAUGUGGGAUGAGUGACCCACAGAAGACACAGGUACAAGAAGAGGGAUUUGGACUCAGCAUCACACUCACCUCCAGCCACCAAAACUUCUCCAACCCUCUAUCACUUCAAGCCUUCUCCAGUCACACCCCCAGACUAGCUCUGUGGUUUCCAGCCACAGCAGGCCUCCCAAGGAAAGUUUUUCAACACAUGAGACAGCAUCACUUUGGCUGUACCUAAGCAGUACUUCUUUUCAGCAGAAUCAUUUCAGAUAGAACGUCCUUCCUUGGGCUUUCACGUCUUUCUCAGGGGCCUGGCUAGUCCUGCAUGGCAGUUUAUUCAUUCUUGCAAGAACCUAGUCCAUUUUAACUGCUUUUAAGGCCAUUGAUUUAGCUGAUUUACCUUUACCGAUGGUGUUCGGCAUUUGUUCAUGGCUCUUGUGGCCUAUUCCAGGUGUCCAAGUCGUUUUAGACUGACCCAAACUCACCUAAUGCACCAGAGGUAUUCAUAUCUCACCAACUUCCCCCCAUGGCCCAUGCAGACAAAUAAGCCCUGCCAAGGAACAAGGUCAGGUGAGCUUACCUUCCUUCAGUGGGGACACCUUCUCCUUCUUUUGCCAGCAAAGACCUCCUAGAGCUGUAAGCAACAUGCAAAAAUUGCCUGCUGUUCUCUCUGUGUGCCUGUAGCCUCAUUCCGGCCUCUCCACCUCCUCCUCCUUUGCUUUUGCCAUGAAAGGAAGAAGCCAACAGUGGACGAGCCACUCUGACAUUUUGUUAUUAUCCAAAAAGCCAUUUGUAGAGCAUGUAGAGGAACAGAAGGCCUAAGGAAGGUCAACCUUGCAGACAUACUAUGAACUGUAGUCUUGGCUAUGUCAUGUAACUGCAAGGUAUUCUCUAAUAUAUAUAUAUAUUUCUCUUUUUUUGAUACUACAUUCUGUAAAAUAUCUAAUGUCAUGUAAGGAUGGUUCUCUGCAGUCUUCCUCCUGAGAACAAAAUAAAACUUUUAUAUGUACUGA